AUGACGGCUCGUCCAUCUGUGAGCGUGUACUCGGCGUCGUCGGACGCUGUGGUGGGGACCGUGCCGCUGCCGGCGGUGUUCACGGCGCCGAUCCGGAGUGAUAUCGUGCAGUUCGUGCACACGAACAUGGCGAAGAACUCGCGGCAGGCGUACGCGGUGAACCGCCUGGCGGGGAUGAACCACUCGGCGCACUCGUGGGGCACCGGGCGCGCGGUGGCGCGUAUCCCGCGUAUCAGCGGUGGCGGCACGAGCACGUCGGGCGCGGGUGCGUUCGGCAACAUGUGCCGUGGUGGGCGGAUGUUCGCGCCGACGAAGAUCUUCCGCCGGUGGCACCGCAAGAUCAACCUGCACCAGAAGCGCUUCGCCGUGGUGUCGGCGCUGGCGGCGUCGUCGCUGCCGUCGCUGGUGAUGUCGCGCGGGCACAAGAUCGAGAACGUGGCGGAGGUGCCGCUGGUGGUGGAGGACGCGAUCCAGGCGUACGAGAAGACGAAGGAGGCGAUGGCCUUCCUGCGCACGAUCGCCGCGCUGGACGACGUGAACCGCGUGAACGACUCGCGGGAGCUGCGCGCGGGGCGUGGGAAGAUGCGGAACCGGCGGUACGUGGCGCGCCGCGGGCCGAUGCUGGUGAUGCCGGAUAACAAGGGCACGCGUGCGUUCCGCAACAUCUUCGGGCUCGACCUGGCGAACGUGAACGCGCUGAACCUGCUGCACCUCGCGCCCGGUGGGCACGUGGGCCGCUUCAUCAUCUGGACGCGUGGCGCGUUCGAGCAGCUGGACCGCGUGUUCGGGACGUUCACGGAGGCGUCGGCGGUGAAGAAGGGCUUCACGCUGCCUGCGCCGAUGCUGACGAACACGGACGUGACGCGCAUCAUGCAGUCGGAGGAGGUGCGUCGCGCGCUGAAGCCGAAGAAGCUGCAGACGCGCAAGUCGAGCGGCCGCCGUGAGCCGACGAACGGGUUGAAGAACCGCCGUCUGCGCCGCCGCCUGAACCCAUUCGUGAAGAAGGAGCAGAUGAUGAGCAAGGGCCUGCAGCACCCGAAGAACCGCGUCGCCCGUCGCACGAAGAAGCUCGCGCGCGUGGCCAAGGCCAAGAAGGCCGCCCUCGCCUCCAUCAAGAAGAGCAAGCAGUAA